UCUCAAUCACAGAAGCUUUGCCCUGUCUGAGGUGCAACGGCAAACCCUAGAAACGGCGAAUCAAGCAAUGGAGGUAGAGAGCGGUCUCGUUCGUCUCUGCAUCGAAGCUGCCACCGAAAACAGAGCAACUAUAGAGAAAUGGCGGAGGCAGCGCAGGACUCUCGAAAAAAUGCCCACGCAGCUCGCAGAAGCUCUUCUACGUCGUCUUCUCCAUCGCCGACUUCUAUUUCCUUCCUUGCUCGAAGUUUUCAAACAUUCUAUAGAGGAGAUUGAUCUAAAGGGUGAGAGCUCUGUGAACGCGGAAUGGAUGGCAUACUUGGGCGCAUUCCGCUACCUGCGUACAUUGAACCUUGCAGAUUGCCAACGUAUCAAUAAUUCUGCCCUUUGGGCCAUUACUGGAAUGGAUAGCUUACAGGAGUUGGACCUUUCUAGAUGCAAACGGGUUACUGAUGCUGGGAUCGGACAUCUUCUAUCCAUUACAAACUUGAAGAAAUUAUGUAUUUCAGGAACAUGUCUGUCUGCAGAAGGGGUUACACGGCUCUCUUCUCUUAUAAAUCUGACUAUUUUGGACUUGGGAGGUCUACCCGUCACUGAUCUUGCACUAUGCUCUCUACAGGUACUCACCAAACUGGAACGCUUGGAUUUGUGGGGGAGUAAAAUUUCCAACAAAGGUGCUUCUCUGCUUAAACUAUUCACCAAGCUGAGUUCCCUGAAUCUAGCUUGGACCAAUGUUACUAAGUUGCUGAAUCUUCCCUCUCUCGAAUGCUUAAACAUGAGUAACUGCACCAUCAAUUCUGUAUUUGAAGGAGCUGACAAUAGAGUUAAAGCUCCUCUGCAAAAGCUUGUUUUCCUUGGGGCUACAUUCAUAGAUGCGCAUGAAGUGUUCUUUUAUAUUGAUGCAAGUCGCCUGGCCUUUCUUGACUUAUCCCAUUCCUCUCUUCAUAAUUUCGAGUUCUUGGCUAAUAUGGAUGCUCUGGCACAUUUGGAUGUCAGCUUUAGUGGGAUGGACGAUGAUUCUAUUGCACUGAUUGCACAUGUUGGAGCAAAUUUGAAAAAUCUAAAUCUGAGCAAUACAAGGCUCACGUCUGCCGGCGUAGAGAUUUUAGCUGGGCAUGUUCCGAAUCUUGAAACUCUUUCAUUAUCUCACACAGCCAUUGAUGACGUUGCUCUCUCAUAUAUCAGCUUGAUGCCCUCACUGAGGGUUAUCAACUUAAGUAACACAGCAGUUAGAGGUUUCACUUACUGGGUUGGCGACGAUCCAGAUCAGGUUCCCUCACUGACAGCAUUGCAGAAUCUCAACCAUUUAGAAAGGUUGGACUUGGAAGACACCCAAGUUGGGGAUGGGGCCAUGUCUCCUCUAUCCAGUUUACAAGAAUUGAACUAUUUGUUUCUCAAGGGAGGAAACAUUUCAGAUGUUUCAUUGGAGCUUAUGGCAUCUAUCCCAAAGCUAAAAUUUCUGAGGAUUUGUGGUGGGGUUUUGACCAAUGCAGGACUCCAUGCAUUCAGACCACCAGUAAUGCUGGAGAUGCUGGAUCUGAGCGGCUGUUGGCUUUUAACUGAGGAUGCUCUCUCCUUGUUUCACAAGAAUCAUCCUCAUAUUGAGGUGAAGCAUGAACUUUCUGCAGGCCUCUUUGCAGAUCAAGUUGCUUGUGACCGUCCAUCGUCAUUGCAAGGAUCUUCACAGUUGAAACAUAAGAAGGGGAAAAUGUCUAAGGUCCCCAGUCAGUUCUUGGAGGGGAGUUUUGUAGAUGAGAGGUUGAAGUACAGCAGAGAGGAACUACUGAAGUUGCAGUUCUCACCUCUAUCUCGUGCUUCUCCCCACGGAAAGGGUACUGUGAUACCAAAGGUGCUGACAAAUUAAUAACCUAAGUAUUUAGUUUCUGUAUUCUGUAUUAACAAUUUGAA